AUGAUUGAAAUUACACAAAAAGUGAAUAUAUGUUAUUUUGCUAUCAAAAUUUAUUUAAAAUAAAGACAAGAAAAUAAAAUGAAGUAAUAAUCCAUAAAUUAUACAUGUAGCUUAUAUGUAAAUAUAACUAACAAUAAAUGCAGAGCAAAUAACACCCAAAGAUUUCUUAUAAAAUAUAUAAAUAAAUUUAGAUUUUUAAAUUAUUGA